CUGUGACACAGUGGACGAAGCACGCUAACCUGCACGUAGCUGGGACUAUAUAAUCUCGUGUUGUGUUGGAAACAUCUGUUUGUCAGUUAAAGUCAGGAGAUUACCUUUAUCGCGGAUUAUUAUCUAGGCCAAUCAGUUGCAAGUCACUUCCAAAAGACAGCCCAAUGGCCUUGGUGGUCAUCAGUCUGGUGUUGGGACUCUGUGUGGGGGCCUUUUCAGCUCCUGCCCCCGACACGCCCAAGCAAAUCGACCUGCUCAUGCCCCACGUACAGCCUAAAGUUCCGGACACGUACCUCUGUCACGGGAUGAAGCUGAAUUCAUCGGCGACAUACAUAACUGGCUUCAUCCCCAACGCCAACAUGAACAUCGCCCACCACAUGUUGCUGUACGGGUGUACCUCGCCAGGGAUGAAGAAGCCGGUGUGGAACUGUGGCGAGAUGGCCUCCGACUCCUCGAUGUUUGAUACGGCUCCCACCUGUGCAUCUGGAGCCAAGAUCCUGUACGCCUGGGCCAUGGACGCUCCCAGCCUGUCUCUACCUAAAGAUGUGGCGUUUGCAGUUGGAGGCGAUACAGACAUCAAGUACCUGGUGCUGCAAGUCCAUUACAAGAACGUCACCACCUUCCUCCCCCCACAGAAUGGCAACGACACAUCUGGUUUGAAUCUCAUAACACAGAAAACCAAGUUACCAAGGCGUGCUGGGGUCUACUUGAUGGGCACUGGGGGCAGGAUCAAGCCCAAGUCUACAGUGUUCAUGGAGACUGCAUGCAAGUUCGAGAGCAAUCUCGAAAUCCACCCCUUCGCCUUCAGGACCCAUACUCAUACGCUUGGACGGGUAGUGUCCGGUUACAGAAUCCGCGACGGCAAGUGGACUGAAAUUGGCAGAAUGAAUCCCCAAAAACCACAGAUGUUUUACAACGUAACCACGCCCAACCUGACCGUCAAGCCGGGCGAUAUUCUUGCUGCCAGAUGUACAAUGUUGAAUGACCGGGACACCACUGUGAAAAUAGGAGCCACCCAGAACGAUGAAAUGUGCAACUUCUACAUCAUGUACUACGUGGACGGGAAGACGAUCAUGGACGACAACUACUGUUUUACUUCUGGUCCACCAAACUGGUCAUGGGAAAAGUUCGGGCAAGGUGACCUUGCGCUUGAGGACAUGCCGAACACCGUUAGCUGGCCCCCAGGGUCCUCGGAACCGCUAGAAGAAGGCAAGGAUGACGUGGCGAGAGAUGAUGAAUCUCUGGAGUCCAUCUUGGAUAAUCUCCAGCCCCGUGAGUUGGAGGAGUUGUACGAAGAGCUGGCGGAGGAGGGGAAAGACAAGGAUCAGAACGGCUAUUAUUAUGGGGGCUAUUAGAGAGACGUUGGGGAUUGCCCACAUGGGAAAGGGGAGAUAAUCGGGAAUACAAUUGUAUUACCUCCCUUUACAUAAGUUUGUAUCUGUAAAAACAUACAUGGAAAAUAUACAAUGGGGUAAGCAAUUUCAACAUUUUAAAGAAAUUUGAGGCAAUGCACAUAUGGAGAGGGAGGUAUUGUAUUGUGUUUUGUCAGUGACAGACUGUGGUAUCAAUAUAAGGUUACACUUGAAGGGCAAUGGGUUUCUUGUGGUAGAGCAUAUGAAGUAGUCCAAUCAGUUGUUAUUGUGUACAUCGUAGAUAAAUAGAUAUAUACACUUCUAUGACCUUGCUGGUAUGUCGUUAUAUACACACCGAUAUCUGGUUAUCUUUCAAUCUGUGUUUCUCCGAAUGGUAGAUGUUCUAUAUUUUACCAAAUAUCUGGACAGCCAACACAUUUUCCUCACAAAUGAAAUGAAGAAUGUCUUCUCUCAUGAUAACCCUCCAAGAAUGGCUUAGUGAGUCCUUUAGAUUUUCUCAAAAGCUGCCUUAGUUUCACGACCGACAAAAUGAUGUCUACUUAAUUACUAAUUUAUUUCGAUGUUUCUGUUUCUUCUAUGGUAUAGUUGCAUGAUUUUCUGAAGCAACUUGCGGCUCCUAUCCACCUAUGUACUUGUGGUAGUUUAGUAAUGCGAGUUGUUGUUUCUGACGCACACCUGUGCUGUUCUUGUAGGUAUCUAGUUGACACAUCAGUGUACAUUCUCCAGUGAUACAUUCAGAAAUAAUCAAAUUGAGAUGAACUGUUCGGCCACUGUCCCCGUUGUACCUCUACAGAAGUCAUCAGCAAUUUGUAAAUAUGUUGUUAUCGCUUGAUAUUCUGACACCUCGGAAAUAGUGUGUUUUGUUGUCACACAAUCUAUAUUGCUCAAUAUGUGCCAUUCGUAGGUUUCUGAGUUGUGUGAAGUCCUGUAUAGUUGUGUCAUGGUGCUGUAGAUAUAUAUCAAAUCACGAUUAUUUACUUAAUUCAAAGAAAUGCACAGAGAAAUAUAUUUAUUUUGGAAAAAAACGACGGGUUUGUCAAUAUGAAUGUACAGCAUUGAUUUAAUGAUUAUUGUUAUUCCAAGGUUAAAUAACACAGUAAAACCUCGUUGAUCUGGAUACCGUUAAACCAGCUUUCCAGACCAUUACUGUGUGGAACGUCUACAUGCCGUUAAAGGGACAUUCCCCCUUACCAGUACGUUAAUCCGGACGAUUGCAUUGGAUCCGCUCCGAUUAACGAGGUUUUAUUAUUCAUUGCAAAACUUAAUAGGUGUGUUCUGAAUGUUGCAUUUCACAUGUUUCGCAUUUCGUCAUCAAUAAAUAUACUUAACGAAUAGAUGUUUUUGGCGAGUGAAAAUACUAAUUUUGAGAAAGAAGCUACAUCAGUUUUGAAAUGCAAUAGUCAGAGAAAAUAUAAUUCAUAAUUUUCGAAUAAAUAAUUUCGGCCAUUGAA